UCAAAUAGGAGACCAGCGCCUUAUCCAUUAGGCCACAGGGGCUCAGAUGAUUUUGCAACUAAAACAUUUACCUCAAAAUGAAACUUGCAACAUGAUUAUCUCUUUACAAAUCAUUAAAACAUAAAAAAAAAAAUUAAUUUUCAUGUAAAUGUCUAAAAAAAUGAUCAGAAAAUUGAAUACUUUUAUUGUGUUUUUGUAAAAUUAUGUAAAUACAGCCAAUUUACUCCAAAAAAAUUAAAAAGAGAAAUUGAAAAAAAUAAAAAAACACACAAGCAAGAUGGCUCGUGACAACAACAACAGCUGUCAGAUGUAAUUGUAACUGUCAUCGAAAAUGUAAAUAUCAAGUAUCAACAUCAAAUAAUAAAACAUGGGUUCAACAAGAUAUGUAUCAUUUAUAUCAGGAAUAAUAAUAGCAUCAAUAACAUGGUCAUUCAGUAUUUAUUUAUAUUCAAAAUUAUCACAAAAUCCAAAUAAUGUUAGCCCAACAAUGUUCCUAUCACAAUCACCAAAAACAUAUGAGUUUAAUUCAUGGUUAAACAAAUCAACAUUUAAAAAUAGUGAUAAACUUUUACAACAAUUACAACCAGUUCCAGUUGAGCCAGAUGUACCACUUGGUGAUGGUCUAGAUGAAUUGGGACUAGUUCGUAAUAUUGAUGAUCAAAAAAAACGUGAAUUAGGCUAUAAAAAUCAUGCAUUCAAUACUCUGGUGUCUGAUAAAUUAGGAACAACAAGAAAAAUUCCAGAUACACGUAAUAAACUUUGUUCAAAUGAACAAUAUCCAUCAGUGCUACCAAAUGCCAGUGUGAUAAUAUGUUUUUACAAUGAGCACUACAUGACAUUGAUACGAUCACUUGAGUCAAUUAUCAAUAGAACACCUGACAGUAUACUCCAUGAAAUUAUUUUAAUAAAUGACUACAGUGAUAGUCAACAGUUACAUGACGAUGUCAAGGAUUACAUUGAUAAAAAUUAUCAUAAUGGUAAAAUUAAGCUGUACAAAACAAAUAAACGUGAGGGUUUAAUAAGAGCUAAAAUAUUUGGUGCUAAAAAAGCAACUGGUAAUGUACUGGUAUUUUUAGAUAGUCAUAUUGAAGUUAAUGAAAUGUGGAUUGAACCAUUGCUAUCAAGAAUCCAUGAGUCAAAAAAUAUUAUAACAAUGCCAGUUAUUGAUAUAAUUAAUUGUGAUACAUUUAAAUAUAGUCCAAGUCCACUUGUACGUGGUGGAUUUAAUUGGGGAUUACAUUUUAAAUGGGACCCAUUGCCAGUAAAUACACUAAAGCAUGAUGAAGAUUUUAUAAAACCAAUUAAAUCACCAACAAUGGCUGGUGGUUUAUUUGCAAUUGAUCGUAAUUAUUUUUUUGACAUGGGACAGUAUGACUCGGGUAUGGAUAUAUGGGGUGGUGAAAAUAUUGAAAUAUCAUUUAGAAUAUGGAUGUGUGGUGGUAGUAUUGAGUUGAUACCAUGUUCAAGAGUUGGUCAUGUAUUUCGUCGUCGAAGACCAUAUGGUAAUGAGCAUCAUCAAGUUGAUACGACACUUAAAAAUUCACUACGUGUUGCUCAUGUAUGGAUGGAUGAAUAUAAAAAAUAUUUCAUUCGUGAUUUGCCAAAAAUAAGUAAUGUUGAUUAUGGUGAUGUAUCAGAUAGAAUUUCAUUGAGAAAUAAACUUAAAUGUCAUGAUUUUUCAUGGUACUUGGAUAAUGUUUAUCCAGAGUUGACAUUGCCAGAUGAUACUGAGGGUAGAUUAAAAGAAAAAUGGGCAAAAAUAGAACAAAAACAAAUGCAACCAUGGCAUUCAAGAAAACGUAAUUAUACUGAUCAAUUUCAAAUAAGACUCAGUAAUACUGCACUUUGUGUACAGAGUGAAAAAGAUGUUAAAACUCGAGGUGGAAAAUUAAUUUUAGCUCCAUGUCUUAGAAUUAAAUCUCAGAUGUGGUAUAAGACAGAUAAAAAUGAACUAGUCCUUGGUCAAAUGUUGUGUCUAGAAGGGAGCAGUAAAAUUCCAAAGCUUGGAAAGUGUCAUGAACUUGGUGACAAUCAAGAAUGGAGACACAAGGAAACUAAUGGUACACCAAUUUACAACAUUGCAGCUGGUACAUGUCUUGGUGCUAGACGUGGCAAUAAAUAUUCUCAAGUGAUAAUGGAACUUUGCACAAUUAAAGACUCAUCAUCAAUUAGUUGGGAUCUUGUAAGAUCGAAAAAAUUUGCAGCAAACUCAAUUUAAAUAAUAUUAAUUAAGACAAUAAAGUUAUAAUAAUGUGAAAUGACAAUAAUCAAAAAUCAUGAAACUUAAAAAUUAUUCCAAAGUUUUUUUUUCUUUUUUUUUUUUUUUCUAUUUGCCAUAUAAUGAUCAAAUUUAUAGAUUAAUUAUUUAUAAAAAAAAAAAAAAAAUUUUGUAUUGUUCUUGUUAUUCCAAAUUAUAAAAUAUGAAAAUAGUUAUGAAUUUUUUUACCAAUUAUAUAGAUUGUUAACAUUUUUUUUCCAAAAAAUUAAAUAAACAAGAUUUUAUAAAAAAAAAAAAAAAAAACAAAAAAAUAUAAUAAAUGAAUGAAUGAUAAUUAAUAAUAAUGAAAAAAUUAAGUUACUUGUUUCGCAUAUGAUUUUUGAUUCGCUCAAGCAAAUAAGUGUUGUAUGUCUUGUAGUUGACUGGAUUGGCAUCAACAACAGUUACAUCCAACUGAGGAUAGCUCUAAAAAAUAAAUAACAAAAUUAAUUGUAUU